CAAUCUUUGCAAUUACUUUCUUCCAUGCCAAAAUGGUUUUAAAAAAAACUUUAUUUUCCAUAGAGAUCAUUCCUUUUGGAUAGUUGGAUGAAUUACUGACACAGAGGGUGAGCGAUGUAAUUCAUCUGCAUGCCAAAUGAGAAUACUUGGUUGACUGAUCUCUCUCUCUCUCUCUCUCUCUCUCUCUCUCUCACCAAACAAAACAAGGAAAUUCAUUGAUAGUUGGACCACUUUUGAAGAAGACAAUAGCUUGGAACUUGUUUGACUUCACUUUUCAAAGCUGUGCUCACUGUUAAUUUCCUCAACAAUGGCUUCUCAUCUCCAUCAACCGCACCAUUUCUUUAAGGUAGUUCUUGAAGAUGCUGCUCGGAGUGGCAAACUUGGGAUUCCUGCUAAAUUUGCAAGAGAUUAUGGGGAUUCUCUAUCAAACCCAGUGUUCAUUAAGGUCCCAAGUGGAAAAAUCUGGGAAUUAGAAUUGGUAAAAUGUGGUGGCAAAAUGUGGUUUCGAAAUGGUUGGCUAAACUUUGCAAAGCACUACUCGGUGGAGCCUGGACAUUUCUUGGUUUUAAGAUAUGAAGGGGGUUCCCAUUUCCAUGUCAUCAUUUCGAUCGAACUGCAACGGAGAUCGAAUAUCCAGAUGUUGAGCAAGAAGUGA